AUGACGGAAAAAUUAAAGGAUUAUCAAGUUCUCGAUGUACUCUGCGGCGGCACAUUCUACAAAGUUAAGCACAAGGUCACCAACAACAUAUUUGCGUGGAAAGCUUACGAUUGCACUUCGUACUCCGACGAACAAAUACAAAAUAUCGUGAAUGAAGUGAAAAUAAUUAGUAAAGCGAUAUCUGGCAACUUGCUGCGAUAUUACGACACAAUAUUCCACAAUGCAUCCAAAACUCUGUACUUUGUCCUUGAGUACAACUCCUGGCAAAGCGUACAGGAACUGACCGCUGUUUGCAAGGCCACUGAUAAAUAUUUCUCCGAAAACUUCAUUUGGCAUCUUUUGUUGGAGCUGGCACGAACUUGUAAAGUUGUUGAAAAUUUAAAUUUUGCAGUCAUAAGAAAAUGCAUAACUCCGGCUACUAUUUACGUAGACCGCAGCGGAGAAGUUCGAGUCGAUUGCUUCCAGUUGUCUUCGGCGAUCUCAGGAGCAUCAGACCUCAUAAAACAAGUCGGAGAUGUGAUCCAUACGAUGUGCUACCUGAAACAGAGUUCUGACAACAAAAUCAACGAAUUCAAAUACAGUGAGGAUUUGAAAGAUGUAGUAUCUUUUCUCACGGAUGAAAAAAACUUCACUCUUCGUCCCGAGGUUGUUAUUUACUACCCAACAAUUUUAACAAAUACGGAAGCUAAGACCAAGCCGAAACAUUUGACAGAAAUAUUGAUAUCAAAUGAAGAUAUACUAAAAAAAUCAGAAUCAAAUAAAUGUGAUUCUGAAAAGGCUGUUGAAAUGUGCCAGAAUAUCAAACCUUUGGCAAGGACCCCUUUUAAUACUACAGACAGUCCAAUUUACUUAAAUUUGAACCCAAAACUUGAAGAGGACAGAGAAAUUGAUGGUGUAAAACCAGUACAAGCAACAUUGUCGCCUACAUUGGCCGCUUUGGCCUUAGAACUUCCAGGAUAUGUUCCUCGAAGCAGAAAACCUUACAGUGAAUCCUUAGAGACAUACAACCCAGCACAAAAAAUUUCUGCAGAAACAAUGAGUCACCAGUGGAUGUCUCGUCUCAUAGCUUUGAGAGAGAGAGAACAGUUAUUAAAUAAGAGGGAAAGGGAACUUGUUGUUAAAGAAAUAAUAAACAGUCCUGCUACAAAACAACAAGUGCUCAACAAUCAAUUGGAUGUCUAUCAGAGUAAUGGUAUAACUUUACCACCAGUUGUAGCUAGCGCUGAGAAGAAUAGAUGGAAAUCGCGUCGCCGUCGCAACCGAUCUAGCUCUGUGCGCUCUAGGGCUCGCCGACAAAGCUACAGUUAUGAAGAUUUAGACAGUUCUUUGUCAGCUGAUACUGGAGAUGGAAGUAUCAUUGUCACAGCUACUAAGUUUACUGCAGAAAAUAUGCCACGACGCAAUAUAUUCCCUCACAUAACAUCUAAAAAAGUGCAUUUCACACCAAAAAAUCCUUUUGUUGGAAGUGAUGAAAGUGUCACCUUAACAUUUUAUGAUUUAGAACAUUUGGAUGGCGAAGACAACAAUGACAUUGUAGGACAUGAAGAAAAGGAUAUAAGGAAGUUCAAGUAUUUUGAUUUAGACACUGUGACAUCAGAGGAAAGAACAUCUAAGCAAUGGUGCCACUCAUCCCCAUCUAAGCAAGCAAAAGUAUUCAGAGAUAUAACAAACCAGGGUACCUUAAGAAAAACACCAUCGAAGAGCAGUCUUACAUCUAGAAGCUCCAUAACUUCAAGAUGCUCUAUGAUGUCAACCAGAAGUCACUGGAGUAUGGAGUCUAGUAAUAGUAAGAUUAGUGAGGGUUAUGUCUCUGAUAGAACACGGUCUAGCAUGAGACAAUUCCCACAAACUCCAACUGCACCUCCCGACUUGAAGAAGACUAAGAGCAGGAAAUCUCUACUCCAAUUUAAAACUCCAUUUAAAUUCAAAUCAUCCACCAAGGUA